GGCGUUUCACCGCAGAAAUAGUCACAGAAAGCAGUUCGCGAGCCUACGCUGAAAACAUGAAAGCUGUAAUUAAGUCAACUCUUAAAUAAGUCAUUCUCAGGCUGAAACAACACGCUUUAUUUUAAGCAUCACUGGGGAAACAGGAGGGGAAAGGCUGGGUGGAACCCUGGAAAACAAACACUUUCAUCUAAGCUGAAGAAACUCCUUGAGGCGCACUAAACAUUCACCAAGGAUCCCUGGGAACGCUGGAGUUUGUCCUCUCGCCUCCACCUGAUUUCUCCUCCGCUCUCAGCCCCUCACGUCCAUCCCCGCGGAGCCACGCGGAGCCGCUCGAGCUCCGCCUCCCCCCGGUGCCCGCGGUAUGGCGCACGGCUCGGCCGCGCUGUGCCUGUGCCUGUGGCUGAGCUCGGCGGCGGGGCUGCGGCUCACACUGCUGCACACCAACGAUGUCCACGCUCACGUGGAGGCGCUGGGCUGCGGGGACGGGCAGCGGGGCUGCUUCGGUGGCGUGGCGCGGAGGGCGGCGAGGGUGGCGGCGGAACGAGAGGCGCAGCGCAACGUACUGCUCCUGGACGCCGGGGACCAGUACCAAGGCACCGUGUGGUUCUCCCACUUCAAGGGUCGGGAAGCCGUGCGCUUCAUGAACCUCCUGCGUUACGAUGCCAUGGCUUUGGGCAACCACGAGUUUGAUGAAGGUGUGAGUGGAUUAUUGGACCCUCUACUUAGAAAUGCUAAUUUUACAAUUCUGAGUGCAAACAUUAAGGGAAAAACCCCAUUGGGAAACCAAAUGAUGAAAUACGUUCACCCUUUUAAAAUACUACAUAUUGACUCAGAAAAAAUAGGCAUCGUUGGCUACACUACAAAGGAAACUUCCUUUCUUUCACGGCCAGGAAAUGAUGUAAUCUUUGAAGAUGAAAUUGAAGCAUUGCAAGUGCAAGUGAACAAACUCACAGCUCUGGGAGUGAACAAAAUAAUUGCAUUAGGUCACUCUGGCUUUACUGUGGAUAAAAACAUUGCCCAAAAGGUGAAAGGAGUGGAUGUUGUUAUUGGAGGACACACAAACACAUUUCUCUAUACAGGAACCCCUCCCUCCACUGAGCAGCCAGCUGGCCCGUAUCCCUUCAUGGUUGACUCAGAUGAUGGGAGGAAGGUGCCAGUGGUACAAGCUUAUGCGUAUGGAAAAUAUCUUGGCUACUUGAAUGUUACAUUUGACAAGAAAGGAAAUGUAGUUGAAGCAGUUGGAAAUCCUAUCCUGCUGGACAGCAGUGUUCCUGAAGACGAGCAGAUUAAAGAAGAAGUAGAGAAGUGGAGGAAAAACUUGGGGAACUACUCUAAAGAGAUUGGAACAACUAGUGUUUAUCUGAAUGGUUCAAGUGAAGCAUGCCGUUUCCAAGAAUGCAACAUGGGAAACCUGCUUUGUGAUGCUAUGCUUUAUGAGAAUGUCAGACGUCCAGACAGAAAGUCAUGGAACCAUGUUUCACUCUGCAUCCUGAAUGGAGGUGGGAUACGGGCAUCCAUUGAUGAACGGAGUGCUAAUGGUAGCAUCACUAUGGAAGAUUUGCUGUCUGUUUUGCCAUUUGGAGGCCGUUUUGAUUUGGUAACACUGAAAGGUUCCACACUGAAAGAAGCUUUCGAGCACAGUGUGCGCAGGUACGGAAGAGGAACAGGAGAGCUGUUGCAGGUUGGAGGUAUCCGUGUGGUCUAUGAUCUCUCCAGAGAGCCAGGAAACAGAGCCGUUAGCAUAGAAGUGCUUUGUACAGCCUGCAGAGUUCCAGCCUACGUCCCACUGCAGAUGGAUGAAAUAUACAACGUGACUCUUCCAUCCUACAUGCUGUUUGGUGGAGACGGCUAUCACAUGCUGAGAGACAACCACAUAGCAUACAGCAAAGGUGAACCUGACAUCGAUGUCGUUUCCCGUUACCUUGACAGAAUGAAGAGAGUUUACCCAGCAGUUGAAGGUCGAAUAAAGUUUUCUUCCGGGAGCUUUAACCAAGGAAGUCUUACCCUGAUUUCUGCUUUGCUCACUGUAACGUUCUGGCAUUGCUGAUUUUUUUUUUCCCCUCAAGUGUUUACAUUUGGAAGAAAGGUGGAGGAUCAAGAUGGUGCUGAGAUGGGGAGAAGAGGACUGUUCUCUUUUCUCAAACCUUAAAACAAAUGAUUGGGUUUCUUCAUGGAGUCAAUUAAUAGCAAGGACUGUAUUUGAUCUGGCUGUUUUUGAAGUGAGUCUGGGGCAGAAUUCAUGGCUUUCCUCACUUUGAAAGAGCAAAUACAAACUGUCGUGACCCACCAUUCGGGUUGAGGUUUCAAGAAGCAAAGUAUCAAUGUUCCAUCACAAAACAACCACUGACCAACAUGGGAUAUUUUAAACUCGUUGAUUCUUCCAGCUGCUUUAGUGAGAUGAUUGAGAAUCUGAUUCCAGUAAUGUAAAUUAGCUUCUAUAAGUAGAUUAUAGGUGCACAUACUUCUCUUUCACCUCCACUCAGGGUUUAAGCUUUGUAUCUCAGAAAUCUAGCUUGCUUCCAGUUAUUAUCUUACCUGCGCCAAUGCCUAAAGUAGCUGGAUUAACUCAGUGUCAUUAAAAGCACUGGUCCAUUUAUGUGCAAUUUAAAAAGUAAAUUCAGUACACUUUUUAAGGCACAGCAGCUUAUUUAUGUUUUCCAUUAAUAAAGCUUGAUUUGAUUUUGAUAAAUUUUGAUAAAUCAAAUAUAUAUCCUCACCAAUUAUUAUGACCAGUGUGGGGACUGUAGCUACACUAAGUACAAAGUAUUUUAAGGUUAUUUUCCAGGCAGAUGCUCCAUUUUACACUUACCCAGAAUCCCAACAGUUACCGGUACCAGCAGCGUUCACAGAGGACACCAGAUACACAGAUGCCUGCAGCACCAGGGCACCCUUUGGAAGUUUCCCAGUAAUGGGACUUUUUACAGCAUAAGCUGGCUUCACCAUAACAGCAAUCAUAACUCAAAAGCCUCUUUCCUAUACGAACAGACUGCUUUAAAAACCCAGUCGUAAGUGCCAAGCUGAUGAGCAUCGAGUCAGAAAUAUGAAGAAAUAUUUCAUAUGAAAAUGUGAAGUUCCAUCCGGAACUGAUAUCAACAUACUUCCAUAUUGUUUACUGCUUUAUUAAAUGGAUGUGCAGAAUUAUAAAUAAACCUACCUUGAUUUUCUGGAAAGCAAAUGACACUUCUUUUUUCCAAGAGCCAAGCUACUCACCUCUUCAACUAACCAUGCCCACAGAUUACAUGGAGAAGGUGCAUCAUAUUAAGGUAAAUUACAGGAUGCUUAAGUUUCAAGAUCUAAUGAUUACUCACAUAAAUUCAAGAGUUGAAAAUGGAAAGAUUUGAUUACAGAGUUGCAUUAGUUAAACUGUUAGAACAGGGAUGACAAUGAACAGCCAGCCUUGGUGGCAGUGCUGACUUGUCAAUAAGACUCCUGAAGUUCUUAAUUUACAGAAUGGUCUUCCCCAAACCAAUGUAAAACAAAUAACAGAGACUGUAUGUAUGGACUGAGCUGUACCCUCACAUCAGAUUUUGAGCUGUAUCUGCACGUCAGGUAUUUUGUUGUGGUAUGUUGUGUUUGCUUAAAUAAAAAGAAGUGAGAAAAAACUCCUUUGGCAUGCCCAGAGGGAAAUAACACAGCUACACCUUCUCUCAGCAAGCAGAAAGAAAAGGUUUACAAAAGCAAUGCAAGCAGUUAAUGCAAACUGUACAGGCUAAGAACAUUCACACUGUAUUACUUUGGCUCACUUGUAAAGGCAAAAAUGAGGAAUUGUCUGAAAAGUAAAAUCUCAAGAAAUGCUGAAGAUAUGAAGAUAUCUCUGUGUUGUUCUGUGAGUAAAACUUGUUAAAAAUCCCUGCACGUUUCCCUUGAACAAUCUCUUUCAGGCAGGCUGAGCCAACACAUACAGGUUUACUGGAAAAACCUUCCACACAUUUUUGUACUAAUAAAUUUUUAGAAAACAUUCAAAA